ACGGCCUUCCUAGGCCCAGGGACAGUGAAAGAGGAAAGAUGUUUUGGGACUAAGAUUGGGGCUGUGUUGGGGACCUGAGCAGAGUGCAACCCAGCAUGUCUGGGGCCUCCCCAACCUGACCCCACUUCCUUGACUGCUGGGGUUGACCAGAAACUGUAACUACCCAAGGCCAGGGUUUCACCCUUUGAGGAAGAAGAAACUCCACAACAACUUUGCUUUUUAGACAACAGUUUCCCUGAGAAGAGGCUCUUUCCAAAAAAACAUUUUCAUGCCCAAUUCCAUGUGAUGUGGGACGUUGACACAGGAGACUGUCUUCCAGGACCCAGGAGAACUGCUCCUGUAAGAUAAUGGGAGUCCCCUUUCCCUACCCGUACCCCUGGGCACUGAUAGGGAAAGAUGAGAAAGCAAGAGAAAUUGAGAUAAAUGGGCAGGGGAUAGGAAGCAGUGCUUCCCCAUCCCAUCGCCUACAUGCCCUCCCCCCAAAGAUGCCAGCUUGUACAGACAAUUAAUAGAUAUUUCUUUUAAAACAAAUGAAUGAUCCGGGCCCGGUGGCUCACAGCCUGUAAUCCCAGCACUUUGGUAGUCCGAGGCAGGCAGAUCGCUUGAACCCAGGAGUUCGAGACCAGCCUGGGCAACGUGGCGAGACCCCCGUCUCUACUUGUAGUCCCAGCUACUCCAAAGGCUGAGGCAGGAGAAUCGCUUGAACCCAGGAGGCGGAGGUUGCAGUGAGCCGAGAUCAACCACUGCACUACAGCCUGGGCAACAGAGCAAGACUUCGUCUCAAAAAAAUAAAAAAUAAAAAUAAAACAAAUGAAUUAAGAAAUAGAAGUGAAAGAAGGAAACAGUACAUGCGUGGAACUAAUGAAUGGAGUGAAGGAGGAAGGGGGAAAGAGUGAAUGAAUGAAUGAAUGAGUGAAUGAAUCAACGAAGGAGUGAGUCAAGGCCCGGGAACCACAGACUCCAAGCCUACGCAGAGCCCGGGAAGGGGGAUUCCGGAGGGGCGGGGCCUCUUUCCGGAAGCGCCCGCCGGGGGCGGGGAGGGGGCGGGGCCACCCGCGUGAGGCGACCCUGUUGGCCCGGAGGGGCGGGGCGAGGAGGAGGACCCGCUUGGGCGGUUCGGCUGCCCACAGUAACCGCUGGGUGGACCUGGCCAGCGCUCCGAACCUUGUCCUCGCUGCGCGCCGGCCCCUCGGAGCCCCACAGCCCGGGAAGGAGGCCGCCGCGGGCCGGGCGCCCGCUCUGCCAAGCGGACCCGCAACCCGGAAAGGCGGCGCGGCGGAGCCUGGAGCCGGAUCCUGCUCAGACCGGGCCCCGGCCGGCCAGAGCCGCGGGCAUGUCGGAGGCGCGGAAGGGGCCGGACGAGGCGGAGGAGAGCCAGUACGACUCUGGCAUUGAGUCUCUGCGCUCUCUGCGCUCCCUACCCGAGUCCACCUCGGCUCCAGCCUCCGGGCCCUCGGACGGCAGCCCCCAGCCCUGCACCCAUCCUCCGGGGCCCGCCAAGGAACCACAGGAGAAGGAAGACGCGGAUGGGGAGCGGGCUGAUUCCACCUAUGGCUCCUCCUCGCUCACCGAGACCCUGUCCUUGCUGGGGGGCCCCGAGGCUGAGGACCCGGCCCCACGCCUGCCACUCCCCCACGUGGGGGCGCUGAGCCCUCAGCAGCUGGAAGCACUCACUUACAUCUCCGAGGACGGAGACACGCUGGUCCACCUGGCAGUGAUUCAUGAGGCCCCAGCGGUGCUGCUCUGUUGCCUGGCUUUGCUGCCCCAGGAGGUCCUGGACAUUCAAAAUAACCUUUACCAGACAGCACUCCAUCUGGCUGUACAUCUGGACCAACCGGGCGCAGUUCGGGCACUGGUGCUGAAGGGGGCCAGCCGGGCACUACAGGACCGGCAUGGUGACACAGCCCUUCAUGUGGCCUGCCAGCGGCAGCACUUGGCCUGUGCCCGCUGCCUGCUGGAGGGGCGGCCAGAGCCAGGCAGAGGAACAUCUCACUCUCUGGACCUCCAGCUGCAAAACUGGCAAGGUCUGGCUUGUCUCCACAUUGCCACCCUUCAGAAGAACCAACCACUCAUGGAACUGCUGCUUCGGAAUGGAGCUGACAUUGAUGUGCAGGAGGGCACCAGUGGUAAGACAGCGCUGCACCUGGCUGUGGAAACCCAAGAGCGGGGCCUGGUACAGUUCCUGCUCCAGGCUGGUGCCCAGGUAGAUGCCCGCAUGCUGAACGGGUGCACACCCCUGCACCUGGCAGCUGGCCGGGGUCUCAUGGGCAUCUCAUCCACUCUGUGCAAGGCGGGUGCUGACUCCCUGCUGCGGAAUGUGGAGGAUGAGACGCCCCAGGACCUGACUGAGGAAUCCCUUGUCCUUUUGCCCUUUGAUGACCUGAAGAUCUCAGGGAAACUGCUGCUGUGUACCGACUGAAGCCAGGCAGGGUCUGGGAUCCUCGGGGCUCCACCUCCCCAUCUGGAAGCCGGAGCCAUAACUGCUGCAGUUUGGGCCCAGGCUAUGUGCUCUUCUGGUGCCCUAGGGACUGCUGUGGCCAGAGCCUGGGGCCAGCCAGUACAGUCCUGAGCUGAGGAGGAGGGACUGCAAGUGGAAGAGAGCCAGUCUGGAAGGAAGAGCUUUCCAGGUGGACAGGGAUUCUUGGAAGACCCCCAAAGCCCCAGGUAUCCUGGGUGAAGCCUGUUUGCCUCUCUUGAAAAUGGCAGGUGCUCUUGUUUUACCCAUGUUGGGUCAGCCUGAAACUGCCAACCAGUAGGAAGCAUGGACUCUCCUGAGUGAGAAGAGACUGAAAUAGGAGCAAGCAGAAGAACCCUGAGAGGUGUCCCAUCUUAUUGCUGUUGAGGACCCUGAAACACCGUUGUUUAAAGACUUCACACAGAAGGCUCUGAACUGAGCCACUGGGGAAGGGAAGUUUCAGUAACAUGACACUAAAAUGGCAGAGACGUUAAAAAAACUUUUUCCCUUCUAGAGCUGUUUUGCGCGCAUGCAUGUCUGUGUGCAUUGGGGCUUUUUAGACAGGCCUGCCCUGUGACUUUGUGGUAGAGGCAGAGAGAAGGAAAUUGUCCCCUGAGCACGGUAGGGCCUUGCUGGGUGGGGUCAGAGGCCAGUAGUUCCAGGCCUUUCUCUGUGUCCAGCACAGACCCUUGUCCUUGCUGUGGAAAUGAUGAGGGAUGGAGGGACAGGAGGAAGAAUGAGAGGACACACGCCCUGGAGCCCUCACCACUGCCCUGGGGGUUGCCAUCUGGAGGAGCCUGGGGAUAAGGGUAACCCAGGGAGGCUGGGCACAAGGGAGCUGACUCCACGUUUUUCCCCCCAUUCCUCACCUUCGAGGGCCCUGCUAGGUCACCCCUAUGCUGGCAUGAAGAGCAUGGGGCAAUAAACCAGCACAGUCUCUGACCACUUGGAGCGUCUCAUCCAGUGAGAGAGACAGCCGUUAAAAGCAUAAACAUCCAAAUAAAGAUGUCUUUACAAGUU